AUCAUAUGGGCUGAGGGAGGGGAGGGGAUCCUUGUUCCCUCCAACCUGAGAAGCCCUUUUUUCUUCCUCCUCUCCUCUCCCAUCUUCUCACAUUCCCCUUGUGCCUUCUUUGCCUCCCUUCCAGUUCAGCCCCUGGUGGAGAUCACCCCCUCGGAGAACUCUCCCAACACUUUGCUGAUUUGCACCGUGGACAGAUUCUUCCCCUCGAAGAUCAAAAUCACCUGGUUCCGAAAUGGGAAGGAGGAAGACGAGAGCCAAGUGUUCACCACGGACCUGAUCCGGAAUGGGGACUGGACCUACCAGAUCGCGCUGAUGCUGGAGGCCCAGCCGGAGCGGGGAGACGUCUACGCCUGCCAGGUGGAGCACGCCAGCUUCCCGGAGCCCAUCUCUGUUCAGUGGGAACCACAGUCGGACUCAGCCAAGAACAAGAUGUGGACAGGAGUGGCAGGAUUUGUGCUGGGGCUGGUCUUUCUGGCUCCUGGCCUUGUCCUGUACCUGAAGAAUAAGAAAG